AUGUCGUACUCGAAAGAAGCCAAAUCUGAUUUUGACACAUCUGUGUCUCCAGUUCAGGUUACCGAUGCUCCAGGUCAAGAGACUUCGAAAGGAUGGUUUGGAAACUUGAAAGACUCUUUCAAACCAGCCCAAAUGGAGGAGCUGGACCCAAAUCUUUCCGACGUGGAGAAGGCAAACAUCAUGGCUGCCAAAUCUCCUCUUCAAAGAUCCCUUAAGCCAAGACACAUCCAGAUGAUCGCUUUGGGUGGUUCUAUCGGUACCGGUUUGUUCGUUGGUUCAGGUUCCGCUCUGAGUACCGGUGGACCGGCCGCCUUACUGAUUGCUUGGGGUUUGGUCGGUAUCAUGAUCUACUGUACCGUGCAGGCCAUGGGAGAGUUGACUGUUACCUAUCCUGUUUCCGGUUCGUUUGUCCAGUACAACACUAGAUUCAUCUCUGCCCCAUGGGGUUUCUGUAUGGCCUACAACUAUGCCAUGCAGUGGUUGGUUGUUUUGCCUUUGGAAUUGGUGGCCGCUUCGAUCACCAUCAAGUUCUGGAACGAUAAAGUUAAUUCUGCAGCUUGGGUUGCAAUCUUCUACGUGGUUAUUGUCAUCAUCAACUUUUUCGGUGUGAGAGGUUACGGUGAGGCCGAGUUGAUUUUCGCUUUAGUUAAGGUUCUCGCAGUCAUUGGAUUCAUCAUCCUCGGAGUUAUUCUUAACUGUGGUGGUGGUCCAAAGGGUGGCUACAUCGGUGGCCAGUACUUCUACAAUCCAGGAGCUUUUGCUGACGGUUUCAAGGGUGUCUGUGCCGUGUUUGUCACUGCUGCUUUCUCCUUUGCCGGUACCGAGCUCUGUGGUUUGGCUGCUGCCGAGACCGCUAACCCAAGAAAGUCUCUUCCUUCUGCUAUCAAGCAGGUCUUCUGGAGAAUCACCCUCUUCUACAUCAUCUCGCUUACCAUGGUUGGUUUGCUCGUUCCUUACGACGACCCAAGACUUUUGAGUUCCAGUUCCGUCGACGCUGCUGCCUCUCCUUUCGUCAUUGCUAUCAGAAACGGAGGUAUCAAGGUCCUUCCUUCUAUCAUGAACGUUGUCAUCAUGAUUGCCGUGUUGUCUGUCGGUAACUCUUCCGUCUACGCUUGUUCUAGAACCAUUGCUUCUCUUGCUCAACAAUCCUUCGCCCCAAAGAUUUUCGGCUACAUUGACAGAUCCGGAAGACCACUUGUCGCAGUCAUUUUGUGUUUGGUCUUCGGUCUGCUCUGUUUCCUUGCCGCUUCUCCAAAGGAAGGAGACGUCUUCAACUGGUUGCUUGCUCUUUCCGGUCUCUCCUCGGUCUUCACCUGGGGAUCCAUCUGUUUCUGUCACAUCAGAUUUAGAAGAGCCCUUGCAAUCAGAGGAAGAGGCCCAGACGAACUUGUUUUCACUGCUCAGGCCGGUGUUAUUGGUUCUUGGUUCGGAUUUAUCCUGAACGUUUUGAUUUUGAUUGCUCAAUUCUGGAUCGCCCUGUUCCCUAUUGGAGGUAAGCCAAACGCAUCCGACUUCUUCAUGGCCUACUUGACCGUUCCAGUCUUGAUUGCAUUCUACACCUUCUACAUGAUCUGGAAGAAAGACUUUACCAUUUUCCACCGUGCUGCCGAUAUCGACGUCGAUACCGGAAGAAGAGACUUCGACCUCGACCUUGUCAAGCAGGAGGUUGCCGAGGAGAAGGCUUUCCUCGCUGCCAAGCCAUUCUAUUACAGAGUGUACAAGUUCUGGUGUUAA